CGCACGCGUUUGUUAUUAUCACGGGUAUUGUUGUUGUGAGAGCGCCACGGCCCCGCCUGCCCCGGGUCCGGUCUGUGAGGAAAGGGAAACCCCAGGGGAGGCCGAGGCCAGCGGGGAUUUCUCAAGCCAAGCGCUCCCGUCCAACCGCCGCGGGCAGGAAGGGCGACCCUCCGCAGCCACUUCCAGGUCCUGCGACCCGAGCGGCGUUACUACGGAGACGCCCCUCCUGAGGCCAGCCACUUGAACGUUUUGUCCACGGGGUUCCCGCUGAGGGGCGGGCCAACAGGGCGGGGUCCAGUCUGCAGCAGACACGCCCUACUCUGGGCAUCGCGACGCCGGAGCAGCACAGCGAGCGUCAUUUGCGCCCUCAGCCUCGGCCCAACACGGAGGGGGCGGGGACGGCGGACGGCGCUCCGCUUGUGCGUCACUUCCGGCGAGCCUAGCGGCGACAACGGCAACAUGGCCCUGAACGGCGCUGAAGCCGACGAUUUCUCCUGGGAGCCCCCGACCGAGGCAGAGACGAAGGUGCUGCAGGCGCGACGGGAGCGGCAGGAUCGCAUCUCCCGACUCAUGGGCGACUACCUGCUGCGUGGUUACCGCAUGCUGGGGGAGACGUGCGCGGACUGCGGGACGAUCCUCCUCCAAGACAAACAGCGGAAAAUCUAUUGCGUGGCUUGUCAGGAGCUCGACUCAGAUGUGGAUAAAGAUAAUCCAGCACUGAAUGCCCAGGCUGCCCUCUCCCAAGCCCGGGAGCACCAGCUCGCCUCUGCCUCGGAGCUCCCCUUGGGCUCUCGGCCUGCCCCUCAGCCCCCAGUACCCCGUCCAGAGCACUGUGAGGGAGCUGCAGCAGGGCUAAAGGCAGCUCAGGCCCCGCCCGCUCCAGCUACACCUCCAAAUGCCGGUGUCCUGGCCUGCACGCAGGAGGCCCUCCUGCAGAAGCUGACCUGGGCCUCAGGUGAGCUGGGCUCUAGCACCUCCCUGGAGACUAGCAUCCAGCUGUGCAGCCUUAUCCGGGCCUGUGCUGAGGCUCUGCACAGCCUGCGGCAGCUGCAGCACUAAGAAACCCCCUCCUGAGAAAAACCCUCUAGAAAAACAGCUGUUCCUCU